UUUCAAAGUCCGCAACCUCAGGCCCAUGCCGACUAUCUACUAAAUACUUCCUCUCGGUGCACAAAAGUGUGCUCGCUGUCCCAUGGCGGCGUCACUGUUAGACUGAAUCUCUACUUCCACUAUGUUUACAAUCCACUGCUAGCCCCCAUGAAGCCGUCUGGCUUCACCUCACCCACGCCAUGAAGAAGAUCAACGGGAUGCGACCUGGCGAGAACAACAAGCGAGGCAACAUCAUCACGGCUCGGAUCGUACCCAUUCUUCUCCUCGGCAUCAUCGGUUACUCCUCCUACGUCGUCACCGAGAAGAUAUGCGUCGACUAUUUACUCUCGCGUCCCGGAACUCGGUCGUCGUCAUCACCAUCAUUCACCCAUAAACAAACCGGCGCGGCCGUCGCCAUCCUCACCAUAUAUUAUCUCCUUCUCCUAAUCACCCUGAUAUGUUUCGCCCGGUUGAUACAGACAAUCACUUUCAACGCUGGUCUCGUCCCACGCGGAGCGCAGUACUUUGUCGAGAGAGAACGGGCGCACCGGGAGAGCCAGAGAAGUCACAAAGAGGAAGCGGUCGACCCUGACGGAAAAGAAGGCUACACACCUCGAAGGUUCAGACACAAGCGUGACUCGGGCCACGCGGCCCAGAACUUCUGGCACAAGGACGUCUUCGUCUGCGGAUGGGACGGCCGCCCUCCGUUUUGCUCGACGUGCUACAACUACAAGCCCGACCGGGCGCACCACUGCAGCGAACUCGGCCGUUGCGUCCUCAAGAUGGACCAUUUCUGUCCGUGGGUCGGCGGUAUAGUGUCCGAGACGAGUUUCAAAUUCUUCAUCCAAUUCACCUUUUGGGCGGCCCUGUUCUGUCUCCACACGUUGAUCUUUGUGAGCUAUUUUUUCGCCCAGCGGAGGUCCCGUCAGCCCGGGGGGUUCUUCAACGUCCACUGGGUCCUGGCACUGAUUUUUGCCGCGUUGUUCUUCGUCUUCAGCGCCGGCAUGUGCGGAAGCAGUCUCCAAUUUGCCUUUUUGAACAGCAGCACGAUUGAGAAUUUCACCCGCAAGACCAAGGUGUGGUACCUGGCCGUGCAUGUGCCGCGGCACGUGGUGGAACGCUACCACGCGUCCGGACGUGACGAUCUCAGGUUGAUCUCAUACCCUCGCCCUGCGAGUGAACAGUUCGAGAUACUCGAGCAGAGUGGCGCGACGUUGGGCGAGACCGAGCGCGAGAUGGCACGUCGUGACACGUUGCCCGGUGCGCCACAGGCGGCGUACCACCAUCCACAGGUUUCAGAUCGGUCACCAAAUUCGAACCCUACGACAGAGGAACAACUGCGGGCAGGUGGUGGCUCAGUGUCAUCGAGCCCGACGGCCGUCCCCGAGACAAGGACAUUUGCCAUCUUGGAGACUUUGCCUGGUGGGAACCCGUUCGACAUCGGCCCGUAUGGCAACUUCAAGGAGGUCAUGGGUUACAGUGUGUUUGACUGGUUAUUUCCGGCCCGUCUCUCGCCGCUGGUCGACCACAGUGACCCGACCGGCAUGUAUAAAAUGGGAAAGGUCGUGGAGAGUCUCAAGAGCCAGGCACGGAUACUUGAUUCAUCGCCACAAGAUUCGCGUGACGUGGAGGGUCCCUUUUCAACCUCAGAAGGCGAAAACGAAAAGGCCGAAAGCAGACACGUCAAGAGACAUAAGAGGAAGAAACGGCGAUUGUCAACAACAUGAUUGUGAUGGUCGAGGCAUGCAGGCUUGAAACUUGAAGACCAGAUCAUUCUUAUAUUAAUUCCAAUAAUGACUUGUCAAUCUGGUCGGUGUACUUCUCUCAAAGGUGCAGUAGUGUCCCUACGAACGAACAGAUUUGAGGCGAUUUCUUUUUAGUAAAGUAUCUCAUUGUCGUCUUGUUGCCCAGGUGGGUAAAUUCAGUAGGAUAUAUUGGUCACUCUAUAUUAG